GUUGUGUAAUGGUAGUAUGUACUGUAGUUGUAGGUUGUGGUUGUGUAAUGGUAGUAUGUACUGUAGUUGUAGGUUGUGGUUGUGUAAUGGUAGUAUGUACUGUAGUUGUAGGUUGUGGUUGUGUAAUGGUAGUAUGUACUGAAGUUGUUAGUUGUGGUUGUGUAAUGGUAGUAUGUACUGAAGUUGUUAGUUGUGGUUGUGUAAUGGUAGUAUGUACUGAAGUUGUUAGUUGUGUUUGUGUAGUGGUAGUAUGUACUGAAGUUGUUAGUUGUGGUUGUGUAGUGGUAGUAUGUACUGAAGUUGUAGGUUGUGGUUGUGUAGUGGUAGUAUUCACUGAAGUUAUAGGUUGUGGUUGUGUAGUGGUAGUAUGUACUGAAGUUAUAGGUUGUGGUUGUGUAAUGGUAGUAUGUACUGAAGUUGUUAGUUGUGUUUGUGUAAUGGUAGUAUGUACUGAAGUUGUUAGUUGUGGUUGUGUAAUGGUAGUAUGUACUGAAGUUGUUAGUUGUGGUUGUGUAAUGGUAGUAUGUACUGAAGUUGUAGGUUGUGGUUGUGUAGUGGUAGUAUGUACUGAAGUUGUUAGUUGUGGUUGUGUAAUGGUAGUAUGUACUGUAGUUGUAGGUUGUGGUUGUGUAGUGGUAGUAUGUACUGUAGUUGUAGGUUGUGGUUGUGUAGUGGUAGUAUGUACUGUAGUUGUAGGUUGUGGUUGUGUAGUGGUAGUAUGUACUGUAGUUGUAGGUUGUGGUUGUGUAGUGGUAGUAUGUACUGAAGUUGUUAGUUGUGGUUGUGUAGUGGUAGUAUGUACUGUAGUUGUAGGUUGUGGUUGUGUAGUGGUAGUAUGUACUGAAGUUGUUAGUUGUUGUUGUGUAGUGGUAGUAUGUACUGUAGUUGUAGGUUGUGGUUGUGUAGUGGUAGUAUGUACUGUAGUUGUUAGUUGUAUGUAAGUCAGUACUAACUGUCUCUGGUCAUUCCAGGUUAC